AUGGACGAUCGUCCUCACAAGCCUCACCGGCCUGCACAAUCUGGCUCCAAGGCUGAUAAAAAAGACAAGGGAAAGGGAAAAGAGAAGCAGCAAGGCUUUAAUGAAAAAGCUUUUGCCCCGAGGUCGGGUCGUCGGGCUGACCGUCAAGGGAGACGAACCGCUGAGCGCGACCAAACACGACUACAUGUUCCUCUUGUAAACCGAACACCAGACGAUGAACCUCCUCCUAUAAUUGUCGCUAUUGUAGGACCACCCGGAGUUGGCAAGACUACUCUGUUGAAAAGUCUCGUUCGUCGGUACACGAAACAGACUUUAAACGAAGCCAAGGGACCUAUCACCGUUGUUAGCGGGAAGAAAAAGAGGCUCACUUUCAUUGAGUGCAACAAUGAUCUCAAUAGCAUGAUUGACAUUGGCAAGAUUGCCGACCUUGUCCUGCUCAUGAUUGACGGUUCUUUUGGUUUCGAAAUGGAAGCCUUUGAAUUUUUGAAUGUACUCCAAUCGCAUGGUUUCCCCAAAGUCAUCGGCAUACUCACACAUCUUGACCUCAUAAAAAAAGCUGCUACGUUGAAAGACACGAAGAAAGCGCUGAAAAAGCGGUUCUGGACAGAGAUAUACCAGGGUGCAAAAUUGUUCUACUUGUCCGGUGUCUUGAACGGUAGAUAUCCCGAUAGCGAGAUUCUCAAUCUUUCUCGGUUCAUCAGCGUCAUGAAAUUCCGCCCUUUAGUCUUCCGUAACGCCCACCCCUAUCUUCUCGCCGACCGAAUUGAAGACCUUACUCCCCGUGAGCAAGUGCGAACUUCGAAAGGGAAAUGUGAUCGGGCAGUCACAGUGUAUGGGUACGUGCGCGGUACCAACCUCCGGAUGGGCACAAAAGUGCAUAUACCAGGCGUUGGAGAUUUGGACAUGAAGAGCGUUUCUAUCCUGGGUGACCCAUGUCCAAUGCCAGACGCUGACUCCGAAAAACGACGGAAACUUAGCGAAAAGAAGAAGCUUCUGGUACACGCUCCUAUGAGUGAUGUUGGAGGCGUAAUGUAUGACAAAGAUGCUGUUUAUAUCAAUGUUCCUGGAAGUUUUACACGGGGCAAUACCGAUGUUCUGCAGGGCGAGGGAGAACAAAUGGUGAUGGACUUGCAAGAUGCCAGCGCAACUCUUGAAGACGCUGUUGCUCAAAGCCAGAUUCGUCUAUUUGGAUCUUCGUCGAAGCAUCUUGCGGUGGAUGUUGCUGCUGAUCAGGAUGAUGACGAAGGCACUGAGGGUUCUGAAGAAGAAGAAGAUAGUGGUGACGACAUGGCUAGCGAUGACGAUGAAGUGCAGGACAUCUCGCAGGAUCCUAGGAAUACCGGACGCGUAUCAAUGCGUACGGUUGCGCGUAGCCUUCCUACUUCUAACAAGAAAAGCCACGGAGGUGUUGAAUAUGCGGAUAGCGAUUCAGAUCUAGGGGAAGAGGAAGAAGAUGAAUUGGGAACUUCAGGAAAACGGGUCAGGCUUGAGCACGAAGCACAUGAUCAUGACAUUCCAAGCGAUGAUGACGAAAUGGAUGAGGAAGAGGAAGACGACGUUCCAAAGUGGAAGGAAAAUCUCCUCGCCAGGGCCAAGGAAACGCUUUCCAAGGGGGGACGACGGAAAGAUUGGACGAAGCUCAUUUAUUCUAGCUCACUGACUCCUCGAGAAAUACUUCAUGGCGAUUCGUCUCCUGCUCAGGAAGAAGAAGCUGAGGAAGACGAUGACGACUUCUUCAAGCUGAACAAGCCGGACCCUACGUCUAUGGACGAAGAGAUGGACAAGACCAAGUGUAAUGCUCAGUCCGAUGAUCUAGAUCGUUGGAAAGAAGAGGACAUCUUAGACUCCAUUCGCGGAUUGUUCAUCACUGGCGGGGCAAGCCAAGAAGACGACGGAGGAGAUGAAGGGUAUGAGGAUUCACAUGGAGAACUGGACGAUGACGAGCCAAAUGAAGAUGAUGAACCAUCUGCCUCGAAAGCGGAGUCUUCGCGAGCAGCCGCGCUUGCCGCAAAGAAGGAAGCUCUGAAGCGCAAAUUUGAUGAGCAAUAUGACGACCCGGAAUCAUCAAAACUCGAUUUCUACGACGAGAAGAAGGAGGAGAUGGCAAGGCAACUCCAGCUCAAUAAAGCAGAGUUCGAAGGAGUCAGCGCAGAGUCACGGGCACUGGUCGAGGGUUAUCGGCCUGGUGCUUAUGUUCGCAUCGAAUUGGCAAGCGUACCGUGCGAGAUGAUCGAACACUUUGAUCCCUCGUAUCCCAUCGUUGUAGGCGGUUUGCUGCCAGCUGAAGAAAGGUUUGGAUUCGUUCAAGUCAGGCUUAAACGCCAUCGAUGGUUCGUUAAAACCCUCAAGACCAACGACCCUCUCAUUUUCUCCGUCGGUUGGCGUCGCUUCCAAACUAUCCCCAUAUAUUCUCUCGACGAUCAUUCCAUUCGAAUGCGUAUGCUCAAGUAUACUCCAGAGCAUAUGCAUUGUUAUGCGACAUUCUACGGCCCGGUAUCUCUUCCCAAUACGGGCUUCUGCGCAUUUAAUUCUUUGGCUGGGGAAACAUCAGGGUUCAGAGUAUCGGCCACAGGCGUCGUCCUCGAUAUCGACCGUUCGGUCAAGAUCGUCAAGAAGAUCAAACUGACCGGUGUCCCAUUCAAGAUCUACAAGAACACAGCCUUCAUUAAAGACAUGUUCAAUUCGGCUCUCGAAGUGGCCAAAUUCGAGGGUACCAACAUCAGGACUGUCUCUGGUAUUCGAGGUCAAGUAAAGAAGGCACUUUCCAAACCCGAGGGCACGUUCCGAGCUACAUUUGAAGACAAAAUCCUCAAGAGCGACAUCGUGUUCUUGCGAGCAUGGUAUUCAAUACAGCCUAGGAAAUAUUACAACCCAGUCACAUCAUUACUGUUGUCGGAUAAGGCACAUUGGUCCGGUAUGCGCCUUACGGGCCAGAUACGUCGAGAUGAAGGUCUUCAGACGCCAUUAAACCCUAACUCCAAAUAUCGAAAGAUCGAGAGACCGGCCCGGCGAUUCAAUCCUCUUAUUGUCCCGAAGAAAUUGCAAGCAGCACUUCCCUAUGCUUCAAAACCCAAGAAAAUGAGCAGCCAGCGGAAGCAAACGUAUCUGCAGAAACGGGCUGUCGUCACGGAGCCAGAGGAACGAAAAGCUGUGGCUCUGCUGCAGCAGAUGCGUGCUCUACGGAAGGACCAGGUGGCGAGGAGAAAGAAUAAGAAGACUGAGAAGAAGGCUAUCCAUCAGAAGAAGGUUGAGAAAGAGGAGGCCAGAAGGAACGAAAAGGAGAAAGAGAAGCGGAAGGAACACAUGCGGGUGGCCGGUCAAAAAUCUAAAAGACAGGCAGAUCUGGAAGAGGGUCGAUCAAGGAAACGUCGCAAAACUUAA